GUGCGUCCGCCCCGCCGCCGGGACCGCGUCGCCACGGGCAGCCGGCAGCGGAUGCCAUGAAUAGCAGCUGCGCGUCCCCCGCCRCGGCCCGGAGCCCAGAGCAGCCAGGAGAUCCAUAGAGGAGGGGGCUGCGGACGCACUAUGGCUGGGAGUGGCUACACGGACCUGCGAGAGAAGCUCAAGUCCAUGAUGCCUUAUCGGGACAGCUACAAAGGCGGCAGCCUGCGGGAGCCCACGGAGGCCUCCUACGAGCGCAAGCGCCGGUACCACGAGGACUCCGACUCCGAGCCCAGUGACUAUGAGGAGCAGAAGGAGGAGGAGGAGGCCCGGAAAGUCAAAAGCGGCAUCCGCCAGCUUCGUCUCUUCAGCACGGAGGAGUGUGCCAAGAUCGAAGCCCGCAUCGAGGACGUGGUGUCCAGGGCUGAGAAGGGGCUCUACAAAGAGCACACCGUGGAUCGAGCGCCUCUUCGGAACAAGUAUUUCUUUGGGGAGGGCUACACGUACGGGUCUCAGCUGCAGCGGCGGGGGCCCGGCCAGGAGCGCCUCUACCCRCGGGGGGAGGUGGAUGCCAUCCCGGAGUGGGUGCACGACCUGGUGAUCCGCAAGCUCGUGGAGCACAGGGUGAUCCCCGAGGGCUUUGUGAACAGUGCUGUGAUCAACGACUACCAGCCCGGGGGCUGCAUUGUCUCCCACGUGGACCCCAUCCAUAUCUUUGAGAGGCCCAUCGUCUCCGUGUCGUUCUUCAGCGACUCCGCGCUCUGCUUCGGGUGUAAGUUCCAGUUUAAGCCCAUCAGGGUCUCGGAGCCGGUUCUGUUCCUGCCGGUGAAGAGAGGAAGCGUCACAGUGCUCAGUGGCUAUGCGGCUGAUGAAAUUACACACUGUAUUCGACCACAGGACAUCAAGGAGAGAAGAGCUGUCAUCAUCCUUCGAAAAACAAGACUAGAUGCACCUCGAUUGGAAACAAAAUCGCUGAGUAGCUCUGUGUUGCCACCAGGUUACACCUCUGACCGCCUGUCAGGAAGCAACAGGGACCAGAUCCUGAAACCAAAGCGGUCCCAUCGCAAAGCAGAUCCUGAUGCUGCCCACAGGCCGCGGAUUCUAGAAAUGGAUAAAGAAGAGAACAGGCGCUCGGUCCUCUUACCAAAACAUAGGAGACGGAGCAACUUCAGCUCUGAGAACUAUUGGCGAAGGUCUUACGAAUACACGGAGGACUGUGAUGAAGAGGAGGAGGAUGGCAGUCCAGCCAGGAAAGUUAAAAUGAGGCGACAUUGAGGAAUGCGCGUUCCAGGCUCACGUUGCUGAUGAGAUUGGCCUCCAGUCUGUGAAAAAUUUCUCCUCCCUCUGGCUAUUUUCCAUCUAGCUUCAGUUUUGGUUUUUCCUUUCAGGCUGAAGAAUGAACAGGAAGGAUCUAGCAAUUUGUUUUUAUGAAUGGAGGAAUGCUGAGACAUACGGAAGGAUGGAACAUGUCCAGUGCACAUGGUGUCCUGAGUCAUGGGUCAAAUGGGCAUCUCUCCCUUAGGAAGCAGAUAACGUUGUGCCAGGCUGUCUGUUGGGAUUUUUUUUUUCCUUUUUGAAAACACCAAAAAGUUUAAGUGUUUCAUUGCGCAAGAUUCAAGAAUUGUAUUUUUGUUUUUUGCUUUAACUUUCUUCCUUUUCAGAUGUUCUAAAUAUGAUGUUUGACCCCAGGAGCUGAAAUUCUCUGUGGUGGCCUCGUAUUUCUUGCUUCACCAAAGGGCUCCUCGGUCUGCUCUUACCUAGUUGUUGUUAGGUUGUUUUUUUUCARGGUGCCCUACGGUAACUGGAAGUUGGAAGCUUUGCAGACCCUUCCUCUGCAAUUGAUUACAAAAGGUUUAGGACAUUUUUGUUGCACUUUAGUACCAGUUUUAAACGCCGUAGACUUCCAGUCCCUGUUUGCAAGCCAGCUUGGGCUCACAGCCUUGUGUCCCUGCAGCGCCCUCUCCACGAGGAAUGUACCUGGACUCUGGCUUCUCAGUGCUGCGCUGAGCAGGGAUGUGUUUUGGUGGGGGACGGAGGAAGGCCGGUGUCUUGGCUGGCUUCCUCCAGGCGGGUCUGGCAGGGACCUGGGGUCCGUAUGGGAGCGCAGGGACUGCUGUGUGAGUGAGCGYGUUGGACACGAGCUGCUUGCUGGAGUGAGGAGAUGCAGGGCAAACGCCGUGCCCGCCCUGGCGCCCCUUUGGAAGCGCUGUCCUGACCGCGCGGGGGACAGGCCCGCGGUCCCCUGCCAGGCGGAGCAGCUUGAGGCACCAGUGUCCGGGCCCGAGGGACCUGCUCUGUUUUCCCAGCCCCUGGAACAGAGCAGGGAGCGGCUGUGGCCUCCGGGCUGCUGGGCAGCUCGGCCACGCUCCUUCCCACCAGGGCCGGUUCCGGGGACGCCGUAGGGCGGUACAAGGCUCCGGUUUGGCCCAGGAGGGAACGUCAGCUCCGGUGUAUCCCGCAGCUCGCACGGCAGAGGGCUGCGUGCCCCCUUGGAGUGUUUUCCUGGGGCGGAGUCUUCUGGAUGCUGCGGGAAAUGCUGAGAAGAAUCAGGCUUUUGGCCCUGGGGAGUUAAUGUGAGAAGGGCUCCCUUCUUGCUUUUCUCCUCCCAGCUGGUUUGUGUUACCCUGGCCUGAAGUUCCCGGUGUUUUCAAAGCUUGGGGCCCAACACCAUAUUUAGAACCCUACUUUUAAGAAACUUCRAGUUGAUUCUUUGAACCCAAGUGUUGGCAGUCAUAAGGGGUAGUCUUAUUUUAAAAUAAUUUUUACUGCUUUGCCUUCCUUCAAAAUGUAGUUUUCCGUAGCAUUGUGUUCCCCACACUUCAUGGUCUGCACGCUUGGCAAUAAAAAGAUGUAAUAUAUUUUGAAACCGGUUUGCUGCUGUCGUGAGGAACUCGGUCAGAGGAGGCGCAGGCGUCGAUCCCGCAGCACCGCCGCUCGGCCAGGGAGCGUCUGGGGCGCGUUGGGCUCCCGCCGCGUCGCUGCCAGGGCCCUGGAAGUCGCUGCCGUCUCGGGAGGUUUCGUGCGUGAGGCCCUCGCUCCCUGCCCUUGGUCCCCGCUGCUCCGCUUGCCUUCCCGCCUGAGAACUCGGCGCGUUCRGAGCAGCCUCCCGGCCCCCUCUGCACACAGGUCUGGACGCUCGUGCUUUUGCUYUGUUUUCUAAAAGAGAAGCUAUUUUCAGGCUGCGCUUAGCAUGGGAUGUUCCUUGCCCUCCUCGCUUGCUGCAGAGAAUCCAGGCCAGCUCUUGGCUGUGGAAUCCCUGUUUCGGGAAGCUUGGCGUUCCCCCGCGGGCAGAGCAGCGGCAGGGAGCAUCGAUCCCUUUGCCUCUUUGCGGCGCCAUCCGAAAACAUCCUUGGCAAGCUGGGGCCCCAGCAGGAUGCCUGGGAAUGGCUGUUCCCGGCUGCCUGUCUGGMUGUGUCCCAAGAGGGGCCCGUGUCCUGGGGCGUCAGUGUCGCCACCCGCUCGGUGCCUGGUGGCCGCGUUGGCCGCUCCGUCGGMGGUGCCCACGCGCAGCCCGCCCUUCUCCUCUCCCCCCGCUCCUCCUCCUUAAGCCUACCUCUGCAAUACGGAUAAUACUGUACGCUGGUGAAAGYGGGGGCAGCCUGCCCCUUUGGGGCCCCUUCCCCAGCUCCCGAGGCGACGGCAUCGCCGCGAUCCCGCGGGAUGGCUCUUGGCUGCGUCUCCACUGCCGCGUGCCCGCGCUCCUUCCUCGAGGCGGGCGCAAACCGUGGCCUCGCCGCAGCCUGCGUGGGUGGUGGUUUUGUUCUGCGUGGCACGUUGGGGCGCUCUGCCCUGCCUUCCUCGGCCCGGGGCCGGGCCGAGCCGUGUCCCGGGCUCGCGCUCGCUUCUCUUGCGCUGCCUUUUCAGUUUGCCGACUGACUGCUCGGGCCUCGAAUCCUUGGAGAGAGAGGGGGACACAGCGGGGCUGGCCCAAAGCGUCUCGCGGGCUGGGAGGCCCCGGUACGUAGGCAGGCCGUUUUCCCCACUUGUACAGACAUUUUAUAAAUAUAUAUACACACACACACGUAUGUAUAUGUGUAGAUACAUGGUUUCUUUUUUUUAACUUUUGCACUGAACCACAUCAGAGCAAAACCUUGAUUCCAAAGCAGAAGAUAACGCUUUUCACGUGGCCCCGGGYGUCUCGAUCUCCCACCGCAACCUGCCUGGCAAACCCACAGCUCGGAAUGCUGGUGUCCCCCUGUCUGCUCCAUCUGUCCCGUCUGUGUCCCCGGGGGGCCCUGGGCGCAGGCGGGGGACACGAGGGCAGGGCRGACAGGAGGCAGCUCCGCUCCGGUGCCGCUUCCUCCCCGUGCGCUCCACGCAUGUAGCCCGUGUAACCUGCCCAGAGCACCAGCCGCAGCUCCCGCAGAGCCCCGCGCACCCCACACCGCGGAAGAACUUUUCUUUCCUAAGAAACCGGGAGGUAGGCGAGGGCUUGGGCCCUCUUUGCAAAGGGAGGAAUUUGGCUUUGUUGCCUUUGCCUGCGUCUUGGGAAGACGCGGUGAUCAAAUGGAAACUCGCGUGGGCUCCACCUGACCGUGGCACGAGGA